AAGUACCAGUAGACACUGAAAUAAAUUUUUGUGAUGACAGUGACUGUGAUGUCUAGCUAUUGUAAAAGCAGUCUCGUCUGGUAGAAUGUAAAACGAAUGCUAGUAAAAUGAAAAUAAUUUGACAAGUGUGACUUCAGUGGUAAAGACCAAAGUAUUGACUCUACCAAUUUGAAGUUAAUUUGGUUGUGGCUAGUACAAUGUCUCGUAACAGGAAGAUUCCGUAUACCAGACGAAUAGAGUAUGAGGAAGAAAAUCAGCAGGAUGAACUGGAUGCCAAUGAUAUAACUAUUUCGGUACCAGAUAGGGCAAAACCACCAUGCACAAAACCAAAUAGUUUUGAUCUCAUAAAAGAUGGAAAUGAUGAUGCAUCACUAUCAUUGACAAGUAAACUGUUGAAAUGUUGCUGUGGAGAUAGAUGCUGGAAAAAUACAGAAUCUUAUGACAAAUCUAAAUUUCCACAUCCUUUCAGAUCCUUUGAUCUUAUUGCCACAAUUGGUUCUAUUUUAUUUUUCUUCUACGAUGUUGUCACAGACGUUUUCUUAGCUCAUAAUUAUUACAGUUUGAAGAGAUGGACGGAAUUUGGAUUUACAACAGCAUUUAUUGUUUUCCCUAUGCUGGUUAUAAACCUGAAAAGUCUUAGAUGGUAUCACCUAGAUUAUAACAGAGAAAAAGGAAGGGGAUAUACUAGUUGUAUAGUAUGGUUCCUUAGAGCUAUUUUCACUUUUCCAUUAAUGAUUGGACCAGUUGUCAGACAUAUAGAGUACUUAUACCAUGGUUGUAAGAGUAGAUCUGCUUCCCUGUCAGAAGAAGAGAGGAAAAAUCAUUAUAAACAAAUGUUACAUGAGGAUACAGAUGCUGGAAUGAUGAGGAUGUUAGAGGCAUUCCUAGAAUCAGCGCCACAGUUAGUUCUACAGAUGUAUAUCAUACUUACAGAAACUCCAGAUGAUGGAUUACUUAUGAGUAUAAUUCGUCCUGUUUCUAUGGUUGGAUCUUGGAUUGGUGUCUCCUGGUCAUUGGUGUCAUACCACAAGGCCCUAAGGGCAUCACAUAAUGAAGAAGAAACGGGACUAUCACUAUUUGGAACAAUUUUCUACUAUAUAUGGAGAGCAUGUGAAGUAGGCCCUAGAGUUGUUGUUUUAGCUUUGUUUGCAUCACAAUUUCAGUACUACAUGUUAAUAGCAGUUGCUGUUCAUUGGGCAGCCAUGUCUAUAUGGGUAGCAUUACAAAAACCAGAAUUUUAUAGAAGGACUAUUGAUAAAAUUGUAUUUGACAUAGUUAUAGGAUACCUUCUUAUAUUCUGUUUUCAGAAUGUACAAAGUGGCCAUACACGUUACAGAGCUAUGUUGUAUUACUUUGUAAUAUAUGCUGAAAACUUAGCCAUGUUAGUAGCAUGGCAAUAUAUUACAACACAAAAAAGUGCCUGGUAUUAUUUUGCUGCGUUGGGAAUAAUACCAGGAGGUAUUGUCAUUCAUAUAGUUGUACAAUUGUUAUAUUAUAAAUGCUGCCACCCUAAAAGUAUGGACAUUGUAUGUUGUAUAAAUCCUAUACAGAAUUAUAACUGUUACCAAUCCGUUUGUCAUGAAAUACAGUCAAAUGAGGAGUCUAAAGCUGACACUGGUGUUAAAAAUGGACACACAUUUGAUGUUUGAUGAAGGCAGUAUACUGUAAAUUCAUAAAUAACUGCGAUGUUUUUAGUUUUUAUUAUUGCGAAAAAUUGCGGCAGGGUUAUAAUCGUAAUAGUAAUUUUGAAAUGAGUUAAACAGGACUUUUCUCAAUAUUGUAAAAAUUAAAAUCAUAUUUUAGUCGACAAACUUGCAAUAAAAAACAUUCCAAUAAUUUCUAAAUUAACAGUAUAUUAGAAAUCAUUAGUGUUUUUAAACAUGAUGUUCAUGCAGAGAUAUUAAAUAUGUAUGGUGAUAAUGGUAGCACUAGUAGAUAUUAGAUGAUAAUUAGAACAUUAUAAAACUACGUGGAAAUCUCAAUAGGUCAUAAAAGGGUAAUUUUUAUCCCCCUGCCCUUAACAGAGUGUUAUAGUUAUACAGUAUGUAUUUGUCAGUGCUAACAUUGUCUGGUUUAUAUUUUACUUGCACUUAAUGUCAUAUGAAAUGUGUUUAUCAUAAUUUCAAUGUUUAUGACGUUAUUGAACCAAUGCAUGUAUAUAUACUGCACUUAGUCUUGUAUGCAAAUUAAAGUAAUUGUUGAUAUUAAGCUAGUCAACUUAAUAAGAGUUUCGGAUCAUGUCAUUGAUAAACAGAGCAGGUGGAGUAUGUGACAAAUAAAUUAAUUUAAAGAGCCAUGAUGGUUUUCUUUUGAUAUAUUUUUCAUGUGUUACCACUUGUUAGUUAAACUUUUCCUUAAUAGUUGUUAAAUGGUUUUUUGUUUUAAAUUUGUUCUUAAGAAUCAAUUAUUACUAUUUACCUUCCAGUGCACGUUUGUUUAUUUCUUUCACCACUGUUUUUCUUUGCAUUUGUGCUGUUGUUUGGCAAAUAGUAAAACUUUGCCAUUCAGCAUGUUCAAGUAAUUAAAACAUAAUAUGUUUUUGGUUUAAAAUUUGUAGUUCUAUAUGAUUUUAAAAGUAAGAGCAGUUAUAUAACUGAUUAACGAGUUCUUGGACUAUCAAUGAUUAUCAUUCAAUAAUAAAAUGUGUAGUGUUGCAUGAAUGAUAAAAAGGGCAAUCUCCUGUGUCAUACUUGAAUCGGUGCUGGGUUAUGUUUCAGUUAAUCAUUCAAUCAUGGAAAUUUUACUAUGUUUUUGUUAAGAUAGGCUAAUAAAUUGGGUCCAACUUUCAAUAUUUUUUUGUUAUUUCAUCCUAUUCAUUUUAAAUCUAAUGUAUUUUACUUUCACCAAAUAGUUUUUGUUUGAGUUCAAUAUUUUAUAGUUAUCAUUUUAUUUAGGAUACGGGUAACCUUUUAAUAUGUUUUUGUUUUUAUGUUACAUUUGAUAAGAUUUUAUCUAUGUUUGAACAGGUAUUGUAGUUUAUGUCAAUAAGACAAUAAACGAAGGACCCAAAAUACAAUAGAAAUCUAGACCAAUGGAGUAUAUUUUGUUAUGGGUUUGUUGUUCAAAUGUUGAACACAAAACCCAUAUCUUUUUUAAGCUAAUGUGAACUGAUGAGAACAUGUUAACAGAAAUGUCAUAUAAUGGAAUCACUCUUGAAGAACAAGACUGAGAGAUUAAAAAAAAUUGAACAAAAUUCUUUUUGAUCGAGUUUAGCCAUUUCAAUUGAUAUUUUGUUUUUAUGUUGUAAUGUUAUACUACUGUUUCAGGUUAGAGUAAAGGUUGCAGCUGGUUAAAACGUAUAAACCAGCUGCAUUUGUUUGCACCUGUCGUAAGGUAGGAACUUGCUGUUCAGUGGUUGUCAUUUGUUGAUGUGGUUCAUAAGUGUUUUUCGUUUUUUUUUUGUUUUUUUUUUUUUUAUUAAUAUAUAAGACUGUUUGAAUUAUUUUACACUUGUUAUUUUGGAGCCCUUUAUAGCUUAUCUUUGAUGUGAGUCAAAGCUCCAUGUUGAAGGCCUUACUUUGACCUAAGAUGGUUUACUUUUUACAAACUGACUUGGAUGGAGAGUUGUCUCAUUGCAUUGGUACACAUACCACAUCUUCUUAUAUCUAUAGGUAGAAAUUAUUGUAUGCCAAAGAACUCUGGUUAAAUCUUUCCAUGUCUUUCACUUACAAUAAGAUAUGAGGUUUUCAUAUGAUUAUGAAAAUCUUCCAUGAGCUACAGCUGCCAGAAUUAUUAUAUAAUUACUGUAUAUUUUGCAUAUUAUCUUAUAAGACACUUACGUAUUCACUGUAGUCAAGGGAAAUUAUGUUAGAGUUGUAUCAAUAUCUGUAUUAUUAGUUGACAUAUUUUAUUACAUUUUAAAAACCGCAAUUGUUGGACAUCACUAAAGCACUGGGGUUUGUCAAGGUGCUAAGCUGUUAUUUUUGUAUGAUUAUGCCAGUCAUUUUACAUUGUAAAUAUAAUGUAUAUGUGUUGUGGAAAGCACACUAAUAUUUGAAAUGUUUUUGUUAUUGUUAUAUGAUAAUAAUUUUGAAUUGAAACUAUUGCUGUUAAUUCAUCUUUAGAAAUUAUGAUAUUAAUGGUGCCAAAAUUACUUUUAUUCUUUAUAUUGAUUUUGAUUUGCUAACAAUUAUUGUCAAUAAUCUCAGAGAGAUGUUGUCAUUUUUAGUUUAUAAAAAUAAUCAAAUAUACUAUUUUAAAAUGGAGUAUAUGAUUAUGCUUCAGGUCAUAAAACACCUGUACACAAUAAAUGUUAUUUUAGGGUGAGAAGUCUUGAUCAACAAGUUUGAAUAUACUGUUUAUUACACAUGCCUUGCAUUACAAUAUUGGAUGCAGGUGAAUAAAACAAUGUGUAAAUUAACUCAUUAUAGAUACCAGGAUAAAAUUUUGUAUUUUAGCCAGACACACAAUUGUCUACAAAAGACUCAGAUAAGAAAAAGUUCAAAGACCAAAUAAAGUAUGAAGAUGAGAAGCAUAGAGGACAAAAAAAAUCCUUAAAGUUUUGCCAAAUACACAUAAGGUAAUCUAUUCCUGAAGUAGAAAAGUAUAUAAGAAAUUCUAAGUUUUGUAAACAGUUUGUUUAUAUUUCAUAUAAUUAUGACCAUAUCCAUGAUAAUUCAUGUCAACACUUCUUCUAGCCUUUUGAUGAGCUCAGGGGAAUUUUAAAACCACCAGCAAUGGCAUCAACUCUAAAAUAUCUAUCAAAUACAAAUUUAAAAAGCUCCGAUGUAUCUUUUUUUAUUUCAAAAUAAUGUAAAGAUGUCAUUAUUGAGAAUUCUUACAAUAAAAAUCAUGAUUUUGAUUAAUGUUUGGAACAUUGCACACUUGCAUCAACCAUAAGUCAUAAUAUUUAGGACGUCUAUCUCAUUUAUCUUUUUAUAUCAAAUUUAUUUUGGUUAAAUGGUGUGAUUGACGUUUUUCAGUAGGAAAUAGACCUAUAAAUUACUGGAAAACCUUAAAACAGCUAAAAACUGGUGAUAUAUUAUAGUUCUUAUAGAAGUUGCCAAGAUUUUCAAAAAGACUAAAAAGUCUAUAUUUGAGUUCAUACAUAUUAGAUUUAGGUAGGCUAUUACAAAGUUAUCUAUUUUUGUCUUAAUUUCUGACCCUGUUGCCUCCUCUUAAAAUGAGAGCUUCUUCAUGUAAAAAGUGUUUUCUUUACAAUCUUCUAUCAUUGUUAAAAAUGCUAUCAUUUUUAGGGUUUUAUGUAAAUUUAUUUUUUUGUGAAGUUUUACUAGAUGAACAAAAGUGUGACUUCAUAAUAUUUAUUAGAAAAAUAAAAAAUGACAAUGGGGUGAUGAUAAUUUUCUUAAAGAUACUUAAUGUUAAUUAGGAAAAAAAUAACAAUUUGGUAUGUUAGAACUUUUUUUUUAUCAAUCAUGAAAAACAUUUUUCAAAGAGUAUAGUAUAUAGUUUUUAUAUUAAAGAAUGUUGCCUUUGGAACUGCUAUUUUAUUUUUAGUGUAGUCACUGUAGUCCCAUGUAAAAAUAUAUGGUUUGAGCUUUGAUGUCAGAAAAUGAACAUUGCUUGUACAUGUAUUAUAUUUUUUAUAAUUUUUACAAUUUAUUAAUUUUUUUAAGUCUUCAAUUAUCCUACUGAUAUUAUAUUGUUGUGCUCUUUGUAAAAAAAAAGUCAAAUACAAAGGAGAGAUCUUAAAGUUUUAAUGUUUAAACUGUAUGCAAAUUAAGUAACAGAUACAUUAUAUCUUGGGUUGGUAUGCUACUGAAAAAAUGGCACAAUUAUUUAAGCAAUUUACAUUGAAUCUUAGAACGAAUUAUUUUAUAACUUUCAUACCUUCAGUAAUAAAGUAUUCUAUUCAUUUAUUAAUAUUCUAUUAAAUGCAACAGGUCUUAAGACUAAAGCUAAUUUUUUGAGAAAAUUUUAUAUUGUUAUCUGAUAGACUGAUGUCUUGUAGACAUUAACCAAUAUCAUAAUACAUUUGAACUUAGAAUUCAAGAGACUAAAAUGUUGGAUCAGGUUAUUAGUUAAGCAUAUAAAAAAAAUAGCCAGAUUGGUUAUUAAAUUAGAAAAAGAAGCAAUGAAAACUGAAAAAGAGUAUAUAUUUUGUAUUAUACUAUUCUUGCAUAUUGUAGAAUUGUGUAUAGUCAUAUGAAGUGUGUUCUUUUAUGUUUUGAGUGAUACCAAAGCUCUUUAGAGCUUUUAUUAUUUGUUAAUAAAUAUCGAUGUCUACUUUAGAAUAAAGUUUGUAAAACUAGA